GAUGAAGUCGGGUAGUGGAAGACGGCAGAGACGAGAUAGCGUCGGCUCGUCCAGUAGCUGUGAAGGGGACAGAAGAAAAACAAGAUUUUCCUCUAGGACAAGAAGGAAUGGAGAAGAAGUUGCUGAUGGCCCCCCUCCUGCGACGGCUGUUCGAGAAAUUGCAAAACCACCUAAAAAGAGGAGAACAAACGACAUAACUAACAAUAUAGAAAUAACAGAACAGCAACAACAACCUGUAACAAAUGAAACAGAAGAGAUGCCUCAAAGUAGGUGUCUACACUUGAACGAAUGGGUGGACGGAAGGGUUUUAGUUAAAAGAAAUGGAGUUUACAGACCAGCUGUUAUAAAGAACGUACUCAAUCAGACGAGCAUCGUCGUACAACUGGAGCAUUCGGAUGAGUUCGUCACUUAUGACAAGGUCUUGUCAGUAAACAACGUAGAAAUAAUCAGCGAUGACUUUCCAUCUAUGUCACAACUUCAAAUAGGUAGUUCAGUAUGCGUUAGAGACAAUAGUGUCUACAUUCCCGGGAAAAUAAUAGAAAAGUCCAAGCAGCAAACUGGUGCUGCCAACAGUCUGCAGUUUCAUGUAGUUUUUGACAAUAAACACCCAGAUCGUAACACUACGUCCGUUUUGGUAAGUAAACCAGCCUUACGGCUCAUUAAGCCACCCUGGCAUGAAGAAUUGGAGCAAUACGUUAGGCAACAUAGCUACUCGAGGCCAACAGCAGCAACUAGAACUUCACCUGGAGGCUCAAGUUCGACCAAUGCUUCUGCUCAAAGUAGUUCCAGCAUGGUGGAAUCCAGCGGUGGAGUGUCACCCGUGACACCGCGUUCUGGAAGUGUUACACCAGCUCUACAUGUACCCCCCCAAACUGCUUUAUUAUCUGAAGAUAAUUCAUCAAAUUUGAAAAAUCGAAAUCGAAUCAGUAGUGCUACAGAGACAGCAACAGGAUCUCGAGCCAGUACACCAAAAUCCCCUGUCACUGUCAAUUCAUCUUAUAAUCAGAGUUCGAUGGCUUCGGCUAAGGAACAGCAAAAGUACAAAAAGGGUGACGUUGUCUCAACGUCUAAUGGAAUACGUAAAAAGUUCAACGGCAAACAAUGGAGACGUUUAUGCUCGAAAGACGGCUGCACGAAAGAGUCGCAACGACGCGGUUACUGUUCGCGUCAUUUAUCGCAAAAGGGCAAGUCACUAAGAAAUCCACUUUCGGGACCUAGUUAUCCCAGACGUGAUAUUGAGCAUUGGGAACAAACAGAAGAAUAUCAAAACCCUCAUUUUUUGCCGUCGCAUCAUCCUCUAGUGUCUCCUGCUACUACAGCAUUUGACGAAAGAGAUGCAGCUGAUACUCUUAUAUCGCUCAGGGAACCUCCUGCUUCACCAGCCAAUUCUAACAGAAGGACUAGUUCACCUAGAUUAUAUCAAUCAACUGCACCUCAACCAAGCAAUUCUGUUCUAAUGAAGAACCAACCUAACUAUCCAGCCCACCGUUACACUUUUAGCGGCAACGAACAAUCAGAACAACGGUCAAAUGAUAUAUACCCUGCCUCCAACAACGCUGAACGUCGAACGCUUGCUACGCAGUUGCUUCCGGUCAUGAAAAUUCCAGCUGCUGCAUCUAGCUCGAAACCGGAAAUGACAAAUACGGGAACUCUUAGUUUGUCGAGCAAUCAACAAAACGUUUCGAACGCGCCUAAUGGAAGUUCGAUUAAGCAGGAAGAGGAGGGGGAAUUAAACGAGAAGAAAGGUUGCUUGGGUGAGAAUGUUUUAGCAACCGGUUCGAACGACGAAAGCGUCCGAGUAUAUAAAUGGCAUAAUGUUGUUCCUAUUUAUAAACCGGGAACGGAAAAAGCCCCAGAAGAUGAUGAUGAUUACGGUGGACCAGAUGGUGGCAAUACGGAUCACGGAAAAGGAUCAGGAGGCGGACCAGAUAGAGGAAAGCCAGAUGAUGGAAAUGGUGGUGGUAGAGACAAUCCUCCCACAAAGCCUCCAGCAGACGACGAUGAUGAUGUUUUUUACACUUCUCAUAAUGACUCGUCUAACGCCAAUAAUACAUCUAGAGGAGAAAAAAGAAGAAGUCAGAGUUUAAGCGCUUUACUAACAAUCGGUAAAGAAGAUAAAAAGAAGAAAGAAAAGCAGGGGAAAAAUCAUAUCAGAAGACCAAUGAACGCAUUUAUGAUAUUUAGUAAAAGACAUCGGCCAAUAGUCCAUGAGAGAAACCCAAAUCAAGACAAUCGUACUGUAUCGAAAAUUUUAGGGGAAUGGUGGUACUCUUUAGGAGCCGAAGAAAAACGUCGAUAUCAUGAACUAGCAACUCAGAUCAAGCAAGCCCAUUUUAAUGCUCAUCCCGACUGGAAAUGGUGUAGCAAAGAGAGGAAAAAAUCCACCGGCGAUUCAACUGUCACUGCUACAGAAAAAGCCAAGCGAUUAGAAUCGCUUAAUGGUAUUAAUCAAGAUACCACCUCUAAUCUGACAAGAUCGUAUAGUUUAUCGGGCGAUCUUGUGCACUCAACCAAUGACGUGAAAGAUGAGCAGAUUUAUACCAAAAAGAUUGACGAUUCAGAAACGGAUACAGACGAGGAGAGUAAGAUGGUUAUUUGUGAGAACAUGCCGCCAGACGAAACGAGUAGUAUGUUACAAAUUACUUUUCAGCCGCCGCCUGGUAUCACUUUACUAUUUUCUUCUCACUCAGAUGACAAAGAAUUAGAAGCGGCUGCCGACGUUGCCAAGGAACGAGAGGAGCAGGAACGUAGAUCGCGUCAAAUGUCUGAAACAACAGAUGAUGCACCUGAUCUAACUUGUCCUGAACACGUAUCUGAUUCUGACGACGAGAUGACUGAAAGAAGGCAAUUCUCUGUCCGUCACACAACAGAUGACAAUACACUGAAACCAAAGCCGAUUAAGAAAUACGACGUUUCACCGCCAACGUCUCAUAUGCUGCCAACUGGGAUUACUCAAUUCCAGCCGACGGGAGCAGUUUUUAAACCUCGAUCAAGUGAAUUAUUGAAUGAUGCGCAAAGGAAACCUAGUGAAACUGUUUCAAGCCUCUUACAAAAAAAUCAAUCACAUGGCCCAAAGCAAAUUCGCACUUUACAACAAGUUCACAUGAGGCCGUCAGAAAAUCAUAGAGGAGGACUUAUAAGGACGACUGAAACUGAACAAUUUAACCAAAUUGGGUCCAGUCAACAUUUUAUUAGUAAGAUAUCGUCUCCAGUGCGGACAAAGGGUGCCCAGAAAAUGAUGCCUCAGGGAUUUAAUAAGGAUGCUCGGCAUAUUAAUGCUGUAACAACUGGUUCUGAUUCUGUAUCGUCAACCACCUAUCCUCUUCCAGCAACAGCAUCAGCAGCAACAGCAACAACAACAACAACAGCAACAACAACAUUUGCAGCAUCAGCACCAUCAGCAGCAACAGAAUUUGCAUCAUCAUCAUUCCCAUCACCACCAUCAGCAGCAGCAGCACCAUCAACAGCAACCCCAACGCCAGCAACAUCAGCAGCAACAGGUCAACGCUGUCCAGCUCAGCACUAUGUAUUAGUUUCGCAAGCCCCGGGUACCAUUGCAACAGAUAAUAAACAGGCAACUAACCUGCUUCAGCCUGUCCUCAUUAAUUCAAACCUUGGUAACUUGCUCCAGAUUAAACCAGCUGCUACCGAAUCGGCAACGGUAGGAGUGGGUGGCGCAAAUGCGGCUACAGUUCAUUUGAUCCAAACAACACCCGCGACGACACCUGUUUUGUCUCAAUCUCGCCAACCCGUUCAAUAUCUUCUUCCGUCCAUUUUACAGCAUUCUCCUAACGGCACUAACGGUAAGGUGCCGAAUAUCCUGCAGCUGUCUAAUUUACAGGCCGCUAAUAUUCAAAUAGUAGCCGCUAACGACCAGGUCCAAGUUCAAUCUCCCAAUAACAAUAACAACGAACCAAAAACCUUAUUACCGACCGGAUUUAAAUCAACUGCAAUUCAAGCGGUCAGUCAGCAAGUACCAAGCAACAAUAAUCAACAAUUUGUUCAGCAACUAUUGAUGAACAAGAGCUCCUCCCAACGACAGCCACCUGUCAGUUCAACUGUCCCAUCUGCAACUAAACCGUCCUCUCCUAGCAGUAGAACGACACAACAAAAUACAGUCAAAAAUCAAAAAGUGCAAGCAUAUGCUUUAGUUCCUUCAGCAAGCAACCAAGGCAACUCGCAAAUAUCAUUACCCAGCACUCGUCUACUAUUGCCUAAACAGAAUGGAAUGUUCGAUCCAGUUUUAAAAAAUGAUCGGUCGAUACUGGCAAAGCAGACAAGCAUCGGAUUUGUGAGCUGUGACGAGGCUGAUAAAUCGAACAGAGUUCGCGCAACGCUAGCUACGAUACCCGUUGCCGAUCCGUCUCCUAGGACAGUAGCAAUCUCUGGUGCUCCACUCGACAAAUCGAAUAGCCGCGGUCAAGAUUCCUUGCAAUCGAUCAAGUCUGUCAGUUCGCCAGCUUAUGGGCAACAAGUACACUUCACGGCUUCUGAUGCUACACAGAGUGAGACUAGUUCAGACGAGGCUGCUUCGACUGGUGAUGAAACGGAUAAACGCUUGCAUAGAGCUUGCAAAGGCAAGCGAUAUAAGGAGAUCGUUGCCGAACAUGGCUUAAAGCCAUUUAAGAAAGAAAGGAAAAGUACUUACGCGACUGUAAAAAGUAACGUUUCUAAUUCGACGGAAGAAAGCGAUAUCGCUUCUAGUCAAAUGCUGCAGAUAAAUAAUUGUAUUAACCAUACAAUAGAACGAUACGAAGGUGAAAGAAAAGAAGAGGAAGGAAAACUAUAUAAAAGCAAACCCAUACCUCCCCCGAUACAGGUUACUGAUAGCCCUAAACGACCUUUGAAACGAUCCAUAAAUGAAAACACUGAGAGAGUUCUGGAUUCCGUUAAUUUUGGAAAGCAAUUCGAAAAGUUGCCCCAAUUCAAACCAUUGAAUACAGAAUCCGGAGCGAAUUUACCAAGAAGCCCCCGCUUGCUGGCUAACAGCCUGCGCAAGAAAAGUAAACCAUCUCUCGAUCUGCUGUCGGCAACCGGUGCAGACUCGCAUGAUCAAGAUUCUUCUGCCUGCCAAACACCGGUAACGCCCCGUUCUGCCGUCAAUAAUAAUAAUAAUAACGAGGACGGUGAUACCCGCCACUUCUUCGGUAAAAACUUUAAUGCUAAGGAUCCCAUGGCCGAGUUAAGAGCUCAUGACGAUGAUGGAAAAUCCUUACCAAGAACACCAAAGACACCGUGUUCACCUGGAGCGGGCAACAGCUUACGAAGGGUUUUGGAUAAGAGGCGCCAACUAGUUACAGAAUUAUUUGAAGAACACGGCUGGUAUCCCGAUGAUAAAGUGACGACGAAGUUCUUUCAAGAGCACCAAGAGUUGUUCAAAAAUAAACCGACGCUGCAGCUAAAGAUCCGUGAGGUUCGACAGAAGUUGAUGUCUAGCAAAGAUUUCGCUAAUACGCAUGAAGCUACGGAAGACGAACUGUCUCAGGACGAUAAACUAUCGGUGGCUAACAACAAUGUCGUGAAACCGUGCUGA